GUUAUCUACAUAUGGCUUAUCAAGAGCAGUGCGGAAAACUACGACCGAGUUUGUUUGAGUAAUGAGACCAACAUGGCUCCCAAAUGUGGCCGUGUGAUUUGAUUAACUUCUGCACUUCGUCACAUUAAAAUUCAGAUAAAAAUACGUCUAUACAGAGUUCCAUGAUUGUCCAUUGAUGACAGCAUGGAAGAGCAGCAACAAUCUGCCAGCCGUUCAUCCAAGCCGGCUGUUCCGGUUGUCCAUCGUCACCUCCCUCAGAUAGCGCCAAUGUCUCACAACCCAAAGAUAGCACAGAGCAAGGCAAGUGCAAAACAGACCUAUGCAGAUGCUGAGCCUGCCAUUCUACCUGGACCCAUUCCCUCAGACACUGCAGCUUUCCCAAACAUUGUGGCAAACAUUGAAGCCAAGGUGAAUGAAGAAGAAAAAGUAUCAAAUGCAACCCCUUCGUUGCCAAAUGGAAAUGUUUCUAUUAGCGAUCACGCUAUAGGUGACACAAGUGAUGGUAAUGAGAAUGGAGGUGAAAAGAAGGUGAAAAGUAGAGUAGCUUCACCUGCUAAGAUGAGAAUUAAGAAAGGCACCAAGGUAAAUUCAGGAGACUCUAUACCAGAUAAUCUGCCUGCGGAAUCUGUGGCUAAAGCUGCCCCAACUGAGGCAAGUGCCAAUGGCAUUGCUGAUAAUUCUGGGAAACGGCGACGAAAGAAAAAGGACCUUGAUAAGGAGGAUGAGACAUUGUCAGGGUCCGUGAAGUCAACGCCCCCUUCCACUCCACCCAAACUCAGUAAACCUAUACAGCAGUUGGAGGCAGAAAGACCACCCAAGUGGCUGGUUGGGGAGAUGGUGUGGUCUAAAGUCUCAGGUCAUCCAUGGUGGCCGUGCAUGGUCACUUAUGACCCCCUAGAAGGGGUAUAUACAAAAUUUCAAGGUGUAACCAGGAAAUACCAUAUGCAGUUUUUUGGUGAGGUGGCAGAGCGCGGCUGGGUGACAGAAACCAGUACUCUCCCCUAUGAGGGCAAGGCAGCUUUUGAUAAAUACAUUCAGGACAAGAUGGCAGCAGCACCCAACAAAACUGCCAAAGCACAAAUAGCUCACAAAUUUGAGGUGUCUUCACGAAGGAAGUUUGCCAGGGACUUUGCUGUUGAGUGCGCAGAGGAGGCAUUUCAGAUGCCUCGUAACGAACGCAAGCACAAGUACACCUUUGUUUACGAAGAUCUCAAACCAAACGACCAAUCUCAGGGAGCUGAUGGAGCCACAGAGAAACCAGGAUCUGAUUUACCAAAUGGAGUCAUCAAACCAAAGAGGCCUUACAACAAAAGAAAGCUUAGUAAUAAAGAAUCUGUUAGUUCAUCGCCAGUUGCAAAGAAAAGCAGGACAGGUCCGGAAAUGCACACCAACUCAGAAGAGGCAUCGCCAAAGAAAACCAGCAGGGCAUUAAAAGAGAAAUCUCCAGGUCAGUUCUUAGUUUUUUGUGAGAAGCAUCGGGAUCAGGUUAAGUCAGAACACAAUGAAUUUGAUGAGGCCAUGGUUGAGGCGUACCUGAAGCAGCAGUGGAACGCUAUGAACGACAAACAGAGGGGAAGGUAUACGUCCAAGUUCCAGAGUAACAGUGAGGGCCCAGACGAGGAAGAAGGGGCAGGGACCACUGAAGAAAGAGGAGUAAAGACUUCUUCAAGGCUUCCCAAACCAUCCAAAAAGGUCCUGGAGGCCCACACAGCUAAACAUGCAAGGCGUAAAAAGUUAAAAAAGAGAGGCAGAAAGCCGAAGACGGAUGGCCAGCCAGGUUCAGGCAGCAGUCUUGAUGAUGUCAUCAACAGUGUUGUAGCUGGCUGUGGAAAGCCUAAAUCUUACAAGCAUGCAGCAGUCAGUAGAAAAACAUCAGUAGCCACUGAAGAGGAUGAACAAGAACCUGGGACACGCAAAAUGACAUUAGAAGAGAGGCGUAUCCAAGAAGGACAGGAAUAUGAGUUGGAGAUUUUCAAGCUUGUGGCUAAUGGAACACAAAAGAAAGAAAACAUUUGUGUGAUCUGUGAAGAAUCACAUGCACUUGGUGAACUCAUACAGUGUGAAGGACCCUGUUCUGGAUCAUUUCAUCUGUCCUGUCUUGGACUGACUGCUGCUCCAGCUGGUGUCUUCAAAUGUGAUGAAUGCACAUCUGGUUGCCAUACUUGUUUUGCCUGCAAAAAAGCUGGAAAAGAUCUGAAAAAAUGCUCUGUUCCAUUGUGCGGGAAGUUCUACCAUGAACACUGUGCAAGUCAGUUUCUUCUGUCCAAGUUUGAGGCUAAAGGUCUGGUCUGUCCCCUGCAUGUGUGCACAAACUGUGCAGAAGGCAACCCAAAGAACCCAAAAGCAACUAAAGGUCGCCUGUAUCGUUGUGUGCGCUGUCCCACUGCGUAUCAUGCUGGUGACCUGUGUGUGGCCGCGGGCAGCGUCAACCUGGCAGGGUACAAUAUUGUGUGCAGUAAACACUUUCAGCCAGUGAAGGCACACAAGCACCACUCACAUGUCAAUGUCUCUUGGUGUUUUAUUUGCAAUAAAGGAGGGACAUUGCUAUGCUGUGAGAGUUGCCCUGCAGCAUUCCAUCCAGAAUGCCUCAAGAUUCUGUUCCCAGAUGACAGUUGGUUCUGUAGGGACUGUGCUGUGGGGAAGACACCCCUAUAUGGAGAUAUUAUAUGGGUUAAGCUAGGCAUUUACAGGUGGUGGCCAGGAGAAAUCUGUCAUCCUAGACAUGUUCCCCUCAAUAUUCAAGAGAAGGACCAUCAGGUGGGGGAAUUCCCUGUACGCUUCUUUGGCUCACAUGAUUAUUUCUGGACUCACAAGAGAAGAGUUUUCCUGUUUCAAGAGGGUGACAAGGGGAGUAGAGACUACACCAACUGUAAAGGACUGGCCAAAGUGUUCAGAUUAGCUGUGGCUGAGGCCACUGAAGCAUUUAAAGUUUGGAAGUCUUACAAGGACACAAAGGAACAACAAGAGAUUGAACGCAACGACAAGAAACCUGCACCAUUUAAGUUUAUCAAGACCAAUAUUCCAUAUGGCAGUGUUCAACUUUACAAACCUGAUCUCUCAGAGCUCCCUCGCUGUGAAUGCAAGCCAUCCAGCGAGCAUCCUUGUGGUUCAGAUUCUGAGUGCUAUAACCGUAUGCUGCAGUAUGAGUGUCACCCUUCAGUCUGCCCUGCUGGAGAGAAAUGCGAGAACCAGAGGUUUCAGAAAAGAUUAUACGUGGAGUCAGAAUCAUUCCGUACCUCUAGUAGAGGCUGGGGAUUAAGGGCUCUUAGGGAUGUUAAGAAGGGAGAGUUUGUGAAUGAGUACUGUGGAGAACUUGUUGAUGAAGAAGAGUGCAAGAGAAGAAUACAGAAAGCACAUGACGAAAACAUCAGCAACUUUUACAUGCUCACCAUUGACAAAAACAGAAUAAUUGAUGCAGGCCCAAAGGGGAACUUGUCCAGGUUUAUCAACCACAGCUGUCAGCCCAACUUGGAGACACAGAAGUGGACUGUCAAUGGCAACAUUAGGGUGGGGCUGUUUGCUUCUGAUGACAUUCCAGCUGGGACAGAGUUCACCUUCAACUACAACCUUGACUGCUUGGGCAAUGAAAAGACAGUGUGUCAAUGUGGAUCACCCAAUUGCAGUGGAUUCUUGGGCGUCAGACCAAAGACGGCAGCAGCAGCAGCCAAUGAAAAGAAGGCAAAGGAGGCUAAGAAACGUAAGAAACGUCGCAACAAACCUGAUGUCAAAAAGGAACAUGAAGAUUGGUGUUUCAGAUGUGGAGAAGGUGGAGAGCUAGUAAUGUGUGACAGAACCAAGUGUCCGAAGGCUUAUCACCUGGGCUGUCUGGGGCUGAACAAGCCACCUCAUGGGAAGUGGGACUGUCCAUGGCACCACUGUGAUGAUUGUGGAAAGCCAGCAGUGAAGUUAUGCACAGAGUGCCCUAAUUCUUUCUGUCAAGCUCACAUAGAAAAAAAUGUCAUCCUUGACUUGGCAGAUGGCACCGUUUUGUGUAGUGACCAUGACGAGCUUGUGGAUAGUAUGAAGAACUCCAGCAGUGGCACUGACAGUGAAAGCAGCAGCCAAGUUGCAUCGGACGUCACCCAGACGUCUACAUCAGCAGUGCCUACUGAGCAAGGUACUGAUCAAGACAAGACAAAAGCAAUUAAAAGAAGAAAAGCAGCAGAAAGUAACAGGACAGCUGCAUCAAAGAAGAUACAAAAGAGAGCCAAAACCAGUAGCAAGCAGCCAUCUCAGGGGAAUGAAAUGAAGAUAGAAACAGAAGAUCCUGGUUCUGAGAGUGAUGAUGGAGAUGGAAAGUUGGUCAUGGACGUUCCUGUGUUAUGAGGACACUGAAUUUAGAGUUCCAAUGCAUUGUUGUAUGUAUAUAUUUAUAUUUGAAAAAAAGUACAUUAAGAUGUCCUUUUUUCAAAGUAUUGUACAGGUAUAUUUGAUAGAUUGCUUAAACAGAUACGAUGUAAAAAAGAAAGCAAUGGAAAUGUUAAAGACUAAUUAUCACUGAUCAUAAAAUAUCAGUGAACAUUCAUUUGUAUGUUUCUGUUCAGAAAGAUCAGUGUGUCCCUGAUAUUAGGUUUAGAACCUGCUUCAUUAUAGGAUGUUCCUAGUAAAUUCUUUGAAUGGCAUAAAAUGUUAAAAUAUCUUCACAUCAAAAUAUCUUUAUAUAUUGCCAAUUAGUGAGCAUCUGUAGAUUUCAAAUGAAUUAUUGUAAAAUGUUUUGACUUGCAAGCUCUGAUACAAUUUAAAGGACAGACUAUCUAUUAUAUGCACAGACAAGAAAUCGAGUCCUUCAGAUAACAAAUUGGAAACAUAUUUGAGAUUCAUGUUCUUUUUAACAUUUGUUAUUUGAAUGUGUUAGAAAAUGUUCAUCUGGGUGAGGACUGGGUGUGUCUUUGUGUUGAUGUGUGUUUUAGCAGAUAGUUAUUUUAUUUUUCAUUCUUAAAAUGAAGGUGAAUCAUCUUUAUAGAUAGCAUUCUACCUUUCAAAUUGUUGAAAAGACUCAGCAUAUAGAAGUAUAUUUUAUGAAAUGCACUAUAAUUAUUAAUAGAUAAAUGGUCUUUUUUUUCAUGUUGAUUGAAUGAGACAUGUACAAAAGGUUUCCAGUGGGAGUUUUAAGCAAUGGUAAAAUGGAUUUUUGUUUUCAUUUUAAACUGACCUGCCCCACACGUGGUUGGCUUUAAGUUGGGAUUAAUUUUUCUUAGUGAUCAAUAUGGUAAAUUUGCUUGCAAUUUUUAUUCCUUGUUAUCAUUUGUCAGAUAGGUAAGUUCCAGGUGUAGAGAUGUUUAUAUAUUGUCAGGUAAUUGUGUCAGUGAUUUUGUUUUGUAAUUAUUUAUUUUGACUUUCCAGGGAAGUAUUAGUAUCUCAAUAUUCCGGUCUUAAUGUAUCUGCUGUUAUUGAUUAGCUAAUUGCAGCAGUUUUGUCAGGUGAUAUUAUGGCUGCCAGGCACAGGAGAGAAGUAAUGUAUGUGCAUGAACAUCUCACCAUAUUGUGAAUAAUGUUAAACCACUUGUCUAUUUGUGUAUCACAUUUUUGAAAUCUGUUCAACUUUAUUCGAGCAAAAGUUUUUAUUAUGGCUUCCAUGGUAAUGGGAAGCAGUGGGGAUCAAUAUGACACUAGGGGCACCUGCAUCUGUAUAUCUGGCAGCAAAACUGUAUGUGAAUAAUAACCUCUACAUGUUGUUGUUCUAAAAAUGGAGCGAGUUGAGUGAUGUCUUUAUUAUGACCGAAAAAGACAAACAGUAUUGUUUUAGAGCUAUUGAAAUAAAUAUCAUAAAAACAUCUGCUGAAGUACUAACCCAGGGAUUAAUAUAUUUAUCCCCCUUUCUUUAUGCUCUAUAAAGUGACAUACCUCAAGAACUUUUUGUAGGGAACCCUUUACUUAUGUGAAACUCGUCUACUUUACUGUAUGCUUAUAAAGAAAAUGACAAGUGUGUUGUACAUGUAUAUGGGGACUAAAUUAUAUAGCUCAUUUUAUAAUCUCUGGAAACUUCACUGUUUAGAAGAUGGUGGAUGUAGCCUGUGCACUUAAAAAAAAAAGAAAACCAAGUCUGUUGCUUGUACCAUUACGUUUCCUCCAAAAGUAAGGCUAGCUAGUGAAGUUUCCUGCUAGUAUGUGCCAGCUGUAGGUGAACAGCUUGAAGGUAUUGAGUACAUUCUUUUUUUUUUUUUUCUUCAAUUAUAUGGUGUACUUAGGACUCUGUGUUUUCAAAGUUUUUGUAGAAUUUUGAAAGCAUUGAAUGCUUUUAAGAGCCUCAGAUAAUGUUUUAUUGAAAAAAAGUAAACGUAAAAAGACACCUAAAGAUGAGAAAACACUUCAUUUGUUUAGAAGAGAUUUAACUUUAUUUUGAAACAUCCUUUGUGCAAAAAAAAAUUAAGAAUGAGCUCAAACUUAAUUGGUGAUAUACAUAUAAACAUGUUAUAACUGUUGUAUUCUUUAAAAAUAAUGGUCACCAAAAGGGCAGUUCAUAUGAAAGACCAGACAGUAGCUGUAAAAUAUUUAAUCUGGUUACAUUUAUUUUUGGUCUUUACUUAAAAGUGCAGUUUUGAAUGCUAAGAAAGACGUUAAUUAUUUGUAAGCAGGACUCUAAAAGGUAAAACAGCUAUAUGUGGAAAGUAUGGUUAAAGGUGUCAGCUUCAAGCUGUUUUAAUUCAGUCUAUAGGUGAAGUGGCGACUCAAUUUUUUAGAUUUUUUCAGACUUUGGUAGAAGAUGACUAAGCUAUCAUAAUGAAACACUGUGAUGCUUCAACUCAUUCGUAUUUGUUAGCUAUAUUCCAAAUUUGUAAGUUGUGUAGUUCAUUGUUUUGCUAGUUCUGUUCAUUGGAAUUGAUUUUUAUUUUUGUUAUUUUACAUUACUUUCUCAUUUCCAAGUACUGCUUUGGUAGGUUGUAGCCUGGGUAAAAAUAAUGGCGUGCGUACAUAAAAAUAACUUUUUUAAUUGUAAGGUCAUUUAAUUUCUAUAAUUGAAUGUAUUUGCUUCAUAUUUUAAAUGUGCACAAGGUAAUAAAUAGGUUUGUCUGUUUCUAAUUCCAUACUAUGGUCAUGACCAUUGUCAAAUUGGUGCAUAUUUCUAUGCAAAAUAGCUCUGGGCCUAGAAUAAAGUCAACUUUUCAUUUCAGGUGACUUGCCAUUGUUGAACACUGCAAUUACCUUCGUCAUCCUUUUGAAAUAAAUUUCAGGAAUUGUAAAAUAA